AGAGGGAAGAGCUAGCCAGACAAUGGCCCAGAGGACAUUGAUCCGUGUGUCCCCAGAGCAGCCCACUCAUGCCGUGUGUGUGCUGGGCAUCGUGACUCAGCUUGACGUCUGCAGCUCUGCCCCUGAGGACUGCACGUCCUUUAGCAUCGAUGCCUCUCCAGGGGUGGUCGUGGAUACUGCCCACAGUCCUCCCACGAAGAAGAUUCCCACAGGCUCCCCAUCUGCUCUCCUGCAGGUUCAGAUUUCAUACUAUGGACCCAGGACUCCACCAGUCAAAGCUCUGCUCUACCUCACCGGGGUGGAAAUCUCCCUGUGCGCAGACAUCACCCGCACCGGCAAAGUGAAGCCAACCAGAGCUGUGAAAGAUCAGAGGACCUGGACCUGGGGCCCUAGUGGACAAGGUGCCAUCCUGCUGGUGAACUGUGACAGAGACAAUCUCAAAUCUUCUGCCAUGGACUGCGAGGAUGAGGAAGUGCUUGACAGCAAAGACCUGCAGGACAUGUCCCUGAUGACCCUGAGCACGAAGACCCCCAGGGACUUCAUCACGCAUACACUGGUGCUCCACGUGGCCAGAUCUGAGAUGGACAAAGUGAGGGUGUUUCAGGCCACACGGGACAAGCUGCCCUCGAAGUACACGGUAGUCCUGGGUCCCCAGCGGCCCUCUUACUCCCUGAUGCUCCCAGGCGGAAAGUGCAACACGAACUUCUACGUGGAGGGCCUCGCUUUUCCGGACACGGACUUCCCGGGGCUCAUUACCCUCACCAUCUCCAUGCUGCACAGCUCCAACCUGGAUUUCCCUGAGACCUUGGUGUUCCAAGACAGUGUGGUCUUCCGCAUGGCGCCCUGGAUCAUGACCCCCAACACCCAGCCCCCGCAGGAGGUGUAUGCGUGCAGCAUUUUUGAAAAUGAAGACUUCCUGAAGUCAGUAAUUGAUCUGGCCAAGAAAGCCAAGUGCAAGCUGACCAUCUGCCCCGAGGAGGAGAACAUGGAUGACCAGUGGAUGCAGGAUGAAAUGGAGAUCGGCUACAUCCAAGCCCCACACAAGACGCUGCCCGUGGUCUUUGACUCUCCAAGGAACAGAGGCCUGAAGGAGUUUCCCAUCAAACGCGUGAUGGGUCCAGAUUUUGGCUACGUAACUCGAGGGCCCCAAGCGGGGGGUGUCAGCGGGCUGGACUCCUUUGGGAACCUGGAAGUGAGCCCCCCGGUCACAGUCCGGGGGAAGGAAUACCCACUGGGCAGGAUUCUCUUCGGGAGCUGCUGUUAUCCCAGCCCUCACAGCCAGGAGAUGCACCAGGCCCUGCAGGACUUCCUCAGGGCCCAGCAGGUCCAGGCCCCCGUGAAGCUCUAUUCUGACUGGCUCUCCGUGGGCCACGUGGAUGAGUUCCUGAGCUUUGUGCCUGCUCCCGACAGGAAGGGCUUCCGGCUGCUCCUGGCCAGCCCCAGGUCCUGCUACAGACUGUUCCAAGAGCAGCAGAAUGAGGGCCACGGGGAGGCCCUGAUGUUCCAAGGGGUCAAGAAAAAAAACCAGCAGAAAAUAAAGAACAUUCUGUCAAACAAGACAUUAAGAGAACAUAAUUCAUUUGUGGAGAGCUGCAUCGACUGGAACCGGGAGCUACUGAAGCGAGAGCUGGGUCUGGCUGAGAGCGACAUCAUCGACAUCCCGCAGCUCUUCAAGGUCAAAGAGUUCAAGGCCGAAGCCUUUUUCCCCAACAUGGUGAACAUGCUGGUGCUGGGGAAGUACCUGGGCAUCCCCAAGCCCUUUGGGCCCAUCAUCAAUGGCCGCUGCUGCCUGGAGGAGAAGGUGCGGUCCCUGCUGGAGCCGCUGGGCCUGCACUGCACCUUCAUCAAUGACUUCUACACCUACCACAUCAGACACGGGGAGGUGCAUUGCGGCACCAACGUGCGCAGAAAGCCCUUCUCCUUCAAGUGGUGGAACAUGGUGCCCUGAGCCCAUCUUCCUUGGCGUCCUCUCCCUCCUGGCCAGUUGUCGCUGGGUCCUCUGCAGUGUGGCAAGCAAGAGCUCUUGCAGAUAUUUUAGCUCUCUGGGAUGGGCCAGCCCCCCAGCAGUGGCUUGCUUCCUUCUCCUAUGCCUCAGUUUCCCACUCUGACAUCCCAACAUGGUCCUAGCAUUGCACACUCAGUUCUGCUCCAAGAAGCUGCAAUAAAGUUUUUUUUUUAAGUCCCUUUGUACAUGA